GUUGUUGUUUGGGUGAACUACUUCUUAAACUACACUUUUGAGUUUAAGGAUAGUAAGAAAAUGUACUAAAUGAGAAGACUGAUGUUUCAUUAUGAUGGAAGAACUGUCUUGGAACAUCUUGGUGGACAAACCUAAUGAUCAGUCUUCCAGGUGGUCUUCUGAGAGCAACUACCCUCCACAGUUCUUAAUCUUGAAAAUGGAGAGGCCGGCAAUUGUUCAGAGCAUCACCUUUGGGAAAUAUGAGAAGACUCAUGUCUGCAACCUGAAGAAGUUUAAAGUGUUUGGUGGGAUGAGUGAAGAGAACAUGACAGAGCUCUUGUCCAGUGGCCUUAAGAAUGACUACAACAAGGAAACGUUCACCUUAAAGCACAAGAUUGACGAGCAGAUGUUUCCCUGCAGAUUUGUCAAAAUAGUGCCUCUGAUGUCUUGGGGUCCUAGUUUUAACUUCAGCAUCUGGUACAUUGAGCUGCAUGGUAUUGAAGAUCCUGAUGUGGUGCAGCCGUGCCUUAACUGGUAUAGCAAGUAUAGAGAACAGGAAGCCAUCCGCCUUUGUCUCAAGCACUUCCGGCAGCAUAACUACACAGAGGCCUUUGAGUCGCUGCAGAAGAAGACUCGGAUAGCACUAGAGCACCCCAUGCUCACCCACCUGCACGACCGGCUGGUGCUGCAAGGAGACUUCGAUGCUUGUGAGGAGCUCAUAGACAAAGCUGUAAGAGAUGGUUUGUUUAACCAGUAUAUCAGCCAGCAGGAGUACAAGCCCAGGUGGAGUCAGAUCAUCCCGAAAUGCAACAAAGGUACCACUGCCCAAGAAAUCAACCGAGAUGACAUGAACGGCGACGGCGACGACAACAGGCCAGGGAUGAGAGGAGGACAUCAAAUGGUCAUUGACGUCCAGACUGAGACUGUGUAUCUGUUUGGGGGCUGGGACGGUACACAGGACCUGGCUGACUUUUGGGCUUACAGUGUUCAGGAGAACCAGUGGGCCUGCAUCUCCAGAGACACUGAGAAAGAGAGUGGUCCGAGUGCUCGUUCCUGCCACAAGAUGUGCAUCGACUCUCAGCGGCGCCAAAUCUACACACUGGGCCGGUACCUAGACUCCAGCGUGAGGAACAGCAAGUCUCUAAAGAGCGACUUCUACCGCUACGACAUCGACGCCAACACCUGGACGCUACUCAGUGAGGACACAUCAGCUGACGGAGGCCCGAAGUUGGUGUUUGACCACCAGAUGUGCAUGGACUCAGAGAAGCACAUGAUCUACACGUUUGGAGGUCGGAUCCUGACAUGUAACGGCAGCGUGGAGGACAGUCGGACGUCAGAGCCUCAGUUCAGUGGCCUGUAUGCCUACCACUGCCAGGCCGGAACGUGGAGCCUCCUGCGGGAAGAUUCCUGCAAUGCCGGGCCAGAGGACGUUCAGUCCCGCAUUGGACACUGCAUGCUCUUCCACACUAGAAACCGCUGUCUGUAUGUCUUUGGAGGUCAGAGGUCAAAGACGUAUCUCAAUGAUUUCUUUAGCUACGAUGUGGAUGGAGACCACGUGGAGAUCAUAUCUGAUGGCACCAAGAAGGACUCUGGCAUGGUGCCAAUGACGGGCUUUACCCAGAGAGCCACCAUCGAUCCCGAGCUCAAUGAGAUCCACGUGCUGUCAGGCCUCAGCAAAGACAAGGACAAACGGGAGGAGAACGUCCGCAACUCCUUCUGGAUCUAUGACAUCGCCCGCAACAACUGGUCAUGUGUGUAUAAGAACGAUCAGGCAGUAAAAGAAAACCCGAGUAAGGCUCUGCAGGAGGAGGAGCCGUGUCCACGCUUCGCACACCAGCUGGUGUAUGAUGAGAUGCACAAGGUGCAUUACCUGUUUGGUGGAAACCCAGGGAAGUCUUGUUCUCCCAAGAUGCGUCUGGACGACUUCUGGUCUCUCAAACUGUGUCGGCCCUCUAAGGAGUACCUGCUCCGUCACUGCAGAUACCUCAUCAGGAAAUACAGGUUUGAAGAGAAAGCCCAGUCAGAGCCACUGAGUGCAUUGAAGUACCUUCAGAAUGAUCUGUCACUCACUGUGGACCACACAGAUCCCGAUGAGACCAAAGAGUUUCAGCUCCUGCCCUCAGCUCUCUUCAAGUCCAGCUCUGACUUCAUCCCUUUGGGUUUCUCAGAUGUAGACCAGACGUACGCUCAGCGGACACAGCUCUUCGACACACUCGUCAACUUCUUCCCAGACAGUAUGACUCCGCCCAAGGGCAACCUGGUAGACCUCAUCACCCUCUAGCCCCUGCCGCCUCUAACGCGCGCACCCUUCCCUCCCCACCCCAUCACUUCACCCAUUGGACUGACUGAACACCACCCGUGCAUCUGAUGGGACGGAGGAGACAGAGACCAGUUAUUUUUCUAUUCCUGAAUCCGGUUGGUGAGAGUACACUUCACCUGGAGCAGCUCUGCCUCCAUCACACACUGACCUGCUGCUGUCACAGGCUGCGCCACCCGAUGGUGACAGCCAUAAACACACAUGCACCAACAUCACCAUAUUUGCAUAUGAGCUAAAUUCCACAUCAGCCUGAAGCGAGUGUGUGUGUGUGUGUGUGUGUGUGUGUGUGUGCGUGCAUGUUUUUCCCCUUAUAUCCCUUCCAUUUUUUUUCUUGCUGAUGAAGAAUCCUUGAAUCACACAAAGCCCCUCUUAACUCUGCCAAACAUCACUUGUGUUUUUCAUUUUGAUUUUAUUUCUCUUCCCAGAAAAGUUUAGGCCAAAAAAAGAGAAUUUGCACACAUUUGUUUACAGUCUUUUUUCAGUGUAAUCUCCUUCCUUUUGAAGUGUUUAGUUUUGUGCUUUGUACCCACGCAAAUCUCCACACAGCCAAUCACAGGCGUCCAUCGGCAUUUUGAGGCAAAACAGUUGAUGAAAUGACGUCCGUUCGGGCCAGUUAAAGCGAAAGCUCAAGUUCACUGGUAUUUCAUUUAUUUCAAGACAGCAUCGUGUGACCAUGAAACAGGAGGUCAUUUCACUCUCAGCCACAGACUCUCCUGUUUAUUUAGUAAAUUUUAAGCAUCUCUUAAGCCACGUCUAGUGUCAGCUUUCAUUUUGAUGAUUUGGUCAGCUUGGUUUUCGCUAAUAUAUGCCCCCAUUUAUGACAGAGAUGGUCGUUCAGGUGCAAGAAGAAGUCAACAUUUUUUAUUAGUAUUGUAGGAAUAAUAGAGGACUGAUUCUAUGAGAUAAAGUUUAAUAUAUAUCUAAAUUUACAUUUAUAUUGGUUUCGGUUGUUAUCCAUGUAAAAUUUCUGUCCUCGGUCAUUCAUGGGCUGAAUCUUAAUUCUAAGUGGUUAAAUGAUGUACAGAUAAUGUAAAUAUACAUAUAGGAUUUUUUUCAAAGAUUCUUGGAUUGAACAGAUUUCUGUGCUGGAUCAUGCUCUUCAUUGUCCCUUUUUAUCACAGAGUCAGGGUCCAAGUACACUACCUUUCUGGCUCUACAUGUAAUACUCAUUACUUAUUGGGAGGAAUUGAAAUUAACUGGUGUGAGUGUGUGAAUCAGCUGCUGGUACCAGUCAUCCAGUUUGACAGCUCGAGUGGGAAAAGGUGUUUUAGGUCUUCUUGGUGUGUUGACAGGAUCUUCCUUCAGUUUGAUAAAGAAGUGGGUGAAAUUUUUCCUUAUUCUCCAUUAAAUUCCAAAUGUCUGUCUGAAUAGUUUAGUGAACUAGGCAGCUGGAUGAGUAGAACCAGUCUUUGCCUUCGAGUCAUCCAUUACAAUCAUGGAACAUACAACUUGUUGCUUAUUAUCCCACCUAUACCGUGGCCACUUGCUAACAACAUGCCAUGUAUUGGAGUUCAAAAGACAAGAUGUUUUUGUUGUAAAACUAAUAUUUUAUCUCACUUUUCAGUUUUAAAUAAUCUGAAAUAUAGGGCACUGACUAACUAUUAUUUUUAUUUUUUUUCUCAAUGAAGUGACAAGUUGUUUGGACAACAAAAUGCCUGUCACAGUUUCCCAGAGCAAAUUAACAUCUUCAAAUGUUUUGUUUUGUCCAAUCAACAGUCCAGAGCCCAAAUAUAUUCUGUUUGCAGUGAUAUAAAAUAGAAAACAAAAGAAAAUGUGUAAACUAGCCAAAUUUGUAUUGUUUUUGCUGAAAAGUAAUUUAAAGGAUUUGCAUAUUAUCAAAAAAGUUGCCUAUUAAUUUUCUUUCGAUCAACAUAUUGAUUAAUUAACUGAGUGUUAAUUAUGUAGUCCCUGUACCCCAGAAUUAUGUUUGUGUAACUCACAGCUCUUUUCCCCCUUGUACCAUUCACUCCCUGAUUUGAACAUCCAGAUUCACACAAAUAUCAAACAUGUUCGAAUUUGUGUGAUUCUCCCUUAACAGCUGUUUAUCUAUAAUCAUUUUAUUGAUUACAUAAAUAACCCUUUAUCCAAGUUAUUUCGCUAAGUCUCACUGGUGAGAGUUAAUUACUGGCACAGUCAUUUAAAAUGAAGAAAACAAAACAAAAAGCAACAGCAACAAAAAAAGACACGAGUCACAGGUGUCCAGUUAUACUGUCCAGUGUCUAAAGGUUUACCCACACCUUCCAGAGCCAAUCUCAGUGGCCAUAGUUUAAGUUCAGAGCCAGUUACUUGAUUCAUUCAGUGCAAGUCUAGAGGACAUGUGCUGGUUGUAGCUGACACAGACGCUUUCCACACACCUGGCUGCCUGUUCAGUCUGUCUCACUGACAAACACUGAGCGCUCUCCAUGUUAGUGAAUCAUUGUUAAUUUGCUCUUCUGCCCUUGCCUUCCUUGGUAGGAACAGAAAUCCCUGAGAUGGGUGGGUUUUGUGGCUUCAUUCAAAGGCUUAUUUAUUAUUUUAGAUAAUGAAGCCAGGAUAUUCCCAUAGAGAAGGUGUGAAACUGAUUGUCUGGUAAAUGAAGAAUGAAAUUUCUCCAGUGAGAUGCCAAGCACUGGGCGUGACAUCACCAAAAAGCAUGUUGUUUAGGUAAGGACGUGAGUUAAGGCAAGCUUUCUGUGUAUCAGUGAUCAGGGUUAGCUUGAGUUUACCAGCUGGCAGGUGAGUUAAUGUCAGGUGCUGCCUCCAUUAGGAGGUCAAAGGUCAGGCUCCGUGACAGGAGAGAAGCCCUGACAGAUGCAUGGAAAGUAGUGCUGACCAGUUGCAAGCGUUAAGUUGAACUGGAGAAUUUAACCUGUUAACCUGCUGUCACCAAAUCAUGCUUGGAUUUUUGGUUCCUUAUUGGUGCUUACUGGUGCUCACCCACCUUUCAGUUUUUCUAGUUUGUCGUCUUCUGUCACUCUCAGUCAGACACUAAUUCAGUGUUUUCAUUGGUCAGGUGAAAGCAACAAAUGAUUGUCUCCCAGUCUCAGCAACUUACACUACACAACCAGUCAUCCCUGGCACAUCUGCCACGACUGUUACUAACCUGUGUGUGAUGUACAGGAUCAGUGCUGUUUCUGUGUGGGAGCCUGAGGAACACAGAUCACAGAUCAAAAAAAACAUGAAGUCACAUUAAGCACAGGGCAAGACACUACUUUGUCUUGAGGCUUUCAUCUGUAAUGAGGUGAAAGUCCUAAUGUAGGAUUUAGGAUCAAACAUGAACUAGUUGACUUCUAUGAAUUCCACUCAGGUGGCAUUUUAUAGGUAAUGAUGUACACCUAAUGCACUUAUUUUGAAAUGUAAAGAUCAUACUGGUGUUUUGCAGGUUUAAGCCCACAGCACCCACUAUCACCAGUUUGUGUGUCUUGUGUUUACAUUCUGUCCAAGUCACAGAUCGAAGAAUCUGUUUCUCUGAAAGAUAAAUCCCUGUUGGUCUUGUUUAACAACACUUUGCAGCUGUCUUGAACGCAGUUUUUUUUGAGAAGUUGUAACUUUAUUUGCCUGAACCCAGUAGGCAGAAAUGACGACACAUGCACAAGAAAAAAUUAACAUGACUACUAUGUAUGAAAAUAAUAGAUGGUAACAAUGUGUACAAAUAUAAAACACAAUAAUACAUAUUUUGGCCGUUGUCAUGUGGUAUAAAUGAAGCAUUCUUGUCUAGAAGAUAAUGUUUUGAAAUAUUUAUUUAUCCAGAUGGUCAGUUAAUUUUUCGGGAUUCUUGAAAUUCUUUGAAAAACCUGUGCUUUUCAAAGCUUGUUACUGAUUUAUUUUUCAGAAAAUUCAGUGUUCACCUCAGUGAUUUGAAUAUAAUGAUAAUACAUGAAAGGCACAAACUGGAGCGAGGCAAAUACUAAAACAAAUAUUAACACAUUAGCACUGGAAGGAAAGGCAUGACAGGCAUGAAACUGAAAACAGUAGAGACAUACUCUACACUGUGAUGGCUUACCUGCAGUAUGUCACGAGUAACAAUACAUUUGUUAUAUGGUGCUGAAGUGAACUGAAACCAGUUGAUCUGUGGAGGGUAGGGGAAGAACUACUGCAUGCUUUGGACAAUAGAUGGAGGAAAAGAUUAGUAUUCUUGCCACCACUCAUGUCUCUAUGCUGAGCGUGAAGCUCGAUCUGUUAACACGAUGGAGUCAGUCUCUGCUGGCAAUGACUAUAACCCCCCACCCCCACCCCAUCGCCUUCCAAUAGUGACUAACUGUAGCGUCUAGACUGGCCUGAAGAAGUAGCGCUGCUCAGAGUGCAUAUUCUAUACUCUUGUAUUAUAAACGCAAUGAUGGCUAAAGCUCUUGGCAAGCGAGCAUCAUCACCACCCACUCCCACCAAGAAACCAUGAUCAGUGACAGAGGAUAUGUACAAAUAGUUUGAUUCUUUACAUUGAAUGCACUCGAUGUGGAAUAUUUUCCCACAACUAAGAACUUUCCAUUAAGUGAACCGUGGUAGAGAAUGAUGUUUACUGUGACUGUGGGUGCUCUGCUGUACCCAUCAUCACUGUAAAUACUGUUGCUGGUGUGUUGACACUGGAGAUGAGCGGUUUCCCCUCAUUUCAAUUUGAGCUUCGGGGCUUGUUUGUUUGUGUUCAGACAGUUUAGCAUCAGAGGGGACCGACAGAAGCGACAUGCUACUCAGAGAAACAGCCUUUAAUCCCCUGAAUUCAUCAGUGGAGGAAAAUAAAACCUGUAAUAAUUUACUACAGUGGAGAUGUGGAGUGGCUUGAUAGUAUUCUGAUUGUUUGGAUGGCAUGUGUGUUACAUGUCUGUUUGUGUAUGUUUUUCCCAUGAUUUUUCUACCCUUAUACGAACUAAUAUGGAAACAAAUAACAACAGCAACAAAGGACGCUUGUAUCUUUAAAAAUGAAAAGGUAUGUGAGGGGUCAUUGAUGGUAUUUGGACAUUUAGGGCUCAUUUAUUUCAGUUUUGUGCCAGAAAAAAAAAAAAAAAACAGUGUUUAAAAAGACUAAUUGAAAGCACCUUUGUAGAAGACGCAAUGCCAAAUACUUUUCUUUUUGCUAUUUAAGGGUAAAACUCCUCAACACAACAAAGUUUGCUGUAUGGAUUUUUAUUUUGUAUUUAUUUCUCUUUUGAUUUUCCAUCUUGCCCUCCUCUCCACCCAUGGGUGGGACUCAGGAGUUCUAAGGCUGGUACUCUCAGAUCAGUGAGCACUACUCUGUGGAUACAGUGAAUGUGUAGAAAGCCUUGUAGUAUUGCAUUGUAUGUAAUGUAUAUAAUGAAUAAAGACUGUAUUUUGUUCAGGUUUUCUUAA